CCCCGUGUCGCACACGGCGGGCGGCCCCAAUCUGCCACCUCUGCCCAGCCAGAUGCCGGUCGCGGAGCGCUCCGGGGCUGGCUAACCAAACAAGUGUCCCGCCGGCCGCCUGCUCCGCUCCCGGAGCGCGGGCGGGACGGCCACAGGCUUUGACUCUUCCUGGGUUUCCAUCUUGCUGGCCUUCAGACUGGAACUGAAUCAUUAGUGCUCCUGGGGCUUGAGAGUACAGCUCACCUUGCAGAUGUGGGACUUGCCAUCUCCAUAAUCAGGCUCAGAAGGAAUGUUUGACACCAUGUGGCAGCUGAUUAUUUUCAUGGUCCUGCUGACAGGCAGCCCCUGUGAUGGGCUGUUCCAGUCCCUCUACCGAAGAGCCCAGAUUUCCAUGCCACCUAAAGGAGAUACGGGAGAGCCAGUAUUUCUUAGCCCUUAUAUAGAAGCUGGGAGGAUCAAGGAAGGUAAAAAAAUGAGUUUGGUCAGACCUUUUGCUGGCCUGGACAUGGAAAGCUACGCUGGCUACUUCACCGUGAAUCAGACCUGGAACAGCAACCUCUUCUUCUGGUUCUUCCCAGCGCAGAUACAGCCAGAGAAUGCCCCAGUUGUCCUCUGGCUCCAGGGAGGGCCAGGAGGUUCAUCCAUGUUUGGACUCUUUGUGGAACAUGGACCUUACGUUGUCACAGAAAACAUGACUGUUCGUUUUAGAGACUUCUCUUGGUCCACCACGCUUUCCAUGCUCUACAUUGAUAAUCCGGUGGGCACAGGCUUCAGUUUUACCGAAGACACCAGAGGCUAUGCGGUCAACGAAGAUGACGUGGCGAGAGAUCUGUACAGUGCACUAAUUCAGUUUUUCCAGUUGUUUCCUGAGUAUGGAAAGAAUGAUUUUUAUGCUACCGGGGAGUCUUACGCAGGGAAAUACGUGCCAGCCAUCGCCCACUAUAUCCACUCUCUCAACCCUGUUCGGGAGUUCAAGAUCCACCUGAAAGGAAUCGCUCUUGGAGACGCAUAUUCUGACCCUGAGUCGAUUGUUGGGGGCUAUGCAACAUUCCUGUACGAAAUUGGCUUGUUGGAUGAGCAGCAGAAAAAGUACUUCCAGAAGCAGAGUGAUGAAUGCGUAAGACACAUCAAGGAGCAGAACUGGCUAAAGGCCUUUGAAGUAUUGGAUAAUCUGUUAGCUGGUGACCUAAGCAGUGAGCCCUCUUUCUUCCAGAAUGUGACAGGAUGUACCAAUUACUACAACCUUUUACAGUGCACGGAUCCUGAGGAUCAAAGCUACUAUGAAAAAUUUUUGUCACUCCCAGAAGUGAGACAAGCUAUCCAUGUGGGAAACCACACCUUCAGUGAUGGAACUGAAGUGGAGAAGUACUUGCGGGAAGAUACAGUGCAGUCAGUGAAGCCCUGGCUCGCUGAAAUCAUGAACAACUACAAGGUUCUGCUCUACAGUGGGCAACUGGACAUCAUUGUGGCAGCUUCUCUGACAGAGCGCUCCUUGAUGGCCAUGGACUGGAAAGGAACCCAGAAAUACCACAAGAUGGAAAGAAAAGUCUGGAAGAUCUUUAAAUCUGAUGAUGAAGUGGCUGGUUAUGUCCGGCAAGUGGAUGACUUCCACCAGGUCAUUGUUCGAGGUGGAGGACAUAUCUUACCCUAUGACCAGCCUCGGAGAGCUUUUGACAUGAUCAACCGAUUCAUCUUUGGAAGAGGGUGGGAUCCUUAUAACAAAUAAAUUACACUGGAAUAUUAACCUUUGAAAAGAAAGUUUGGAAAACUAAAAUUGUCAUAUAGAUAAGAAAUUAAUCAUUUUGUAUCCAUUUUAUAUCUGCAAGAUAUUUCUCAUCAAUAAAAUUAA